UAUGCCUGAUAUGUGGAGGAGAAAAAAAACGGUCAAUUUGACUGUUUCCUAGAAGCUCUCAGGAAAAUUGUACUAAAUGCUUCAUUUGGCGUAGAGUUUUGUAGCUUUACCAAACCGACAUAGCGGCUAGCCUAGCUAGCAUUAUUUCAUGGCAUCUUUCCAACUCACCUUAUUUGUUGUGAUAUCUACAGCGAUUCAGCAGGUCCAGCUAACAAGCUAGCUCGGGGUUAGCAUAACUAGCUAACUGACGUUCAGUAGGAAACAUAGCUACACCAGAGAUAAGCUAGGUGAACGUGCCGGGUGCUUGCUUAACUUCUCUAAUUUCGUGCGUCCUUGCGAUUUAAUCGAAAUAGUUUCUCUGACGAACUUUUUUUUCUAGCCAACAAACAAUGCAUUUCUACAACAAGUCUAAUGUUUAUUCCAUGAAUUUGACAAGAAGAUAGCUAGCUAACUUUGCUGGCUAACACCGCCUGGCUAGCUUCAAGAGCUUGCUCGUUUUUUGGUAACGUUACUCUUUGUUUUGACAAAGGACUUGACAUUUUUUUUCUCUUCCAUAUUUGGAAUAUACCUGGGACAUUUAGUAUUUCCGGGGCCAUGUCUCCCCAGAAGCACGGUUCUUCUGACGGCGGCAACAACGUAUCGGGUCCCGCUGUGGGAUACGUUGGUACCGGUGGCGGCAGAGCGAACGGCCGUGUCGACCACCACCAGACAACUGCAGUUGUGAUGCCCGCAGCCAAGAAGCCGAAAAUGGAACUGGUUCAAGCCGAUCAUGAGUUGUUCUUGCAGGCAUUUGAAAAACCGACCCAGAUCUACAGGUUUCUCAGAACAAGGAACUUGAUAGCGCCCAUAUUUCUGCACAGAACCCUCACCUACAUGUCCCACAGAAACUCCAGAACAAACGCCAAACGGAAGUCCUCCAGGGUGGAUCACCUGCUGUACAGAGUGGAGAAGAAGAGGGCUGAGCAGAAGGCACACAGGGAUCAUGAGAAGUCAUCCGUAGACUCAGAGAAUGAGCAGAACUCUGUUUCUCUAGAGGUGCUGCUGGUUAAAGUCUGUCACAAGAAGAGGAAGGAUUACUGUCCAGUGAAGCAGGUUCCUACUCAGCCCCAGUCUUGUAUUGGUACAGAGGAUGUGUGUAACAGGAAGAAGAGAAGCUCCACCGUCAGACAAGAAGAAGUUGGAGAAACGAUGUUCGUAGCUCAGAUGACUGUGUUUGAUAAGAACAGGCGUCUGCAGUUGUUAGAUGGAGAGUAUGAGGUGUCUAUGCAGCAGAUGGUGGACUGUCCUGUCAACAAGAAGAGAGCCACCUGGGAAACGAACCUGGAUGGAAAGCUCCUCCCUCCGUUUGAGACGUUCUCCAAGGGUCCUACUCUCCAGUUCACACUGCGUUGGACAGGCGAGCCCAGUGAUAGGUCGACGGCCCCUGUGGCCAAACCCCUCGCCACGCGGAACGCUGACGCUAGCAGCCUGACCUCCGACCCUAAGCCCUGCUCCCUCAGACCCACUCAGACCGUAGCUGUGAAAGACUCCUUCAGCAGUACAGAGUUUCAGAUGAGACAAGAACACACACUUGAGGAACCGAGUGACAAUCUACGCAUAUUCUACCAGUUCCUGUAUAACCACAACACACAGCAGCAAACCGAGGCUAGAGAUGACCUCCACUGUCCCUGGUGCACUCUGAACUGUAGGAGACUCUACAGUCUCCUCAAACACCUCAAACUGGCCCACAGCAGAUUCAUCUUCAACUACGUGCCCCACCCUAAAGGAGCGAGGAUAGACGUGUCUAUUAAUGAGCGUUACGACGGGGUGCAUGCUGGGAAUCCUCGGGAUAUUCACAGUCAGCCCGGCUUCGCCUUCAGCAGGAACGGACCCGUCAAGAGAUCCCCCGUCACACACAUCCUCGUCUGCAGACCGAAGCGUCUCCUCCCCCCCAGUCUGUGUGAGUUCCUGGAGGCUGAUGGAGGAGAGGGAGACCAGCAGAGAAUCAUCCCUGGUCACAACCGCCUCUACUUCCGUUCAGACAGCUGUACCCCCAAAACACCCCAGGAGGUAGAUCACGACAGUGAGGAUGAGACUGACCCCUUCUGGCUCCGAGAGAGGACCAUCAUGCAAAUCCAGGAGUUUACAGACGUGAACGAUGGAGAGAAGGAGGUGAUGAAGCUGUGGAACCUUCACGUCAUGAAGUAUGGCUACAUAGCAGAUAACCAGAUGAACGGAGCAUGUCUGGCGUUUGUGGAAGGUUGCGGUGCGUACAUUGCCAGGAAGAACCUCUGUAGGAACUUCCUGUUACACCUGGUCAGCAUGCAUGACUUUAAACUGGUUACCACGGCAACCAUCAACCAGGCCAUGACACGCCUCCGACACAUCCAGCAGCAGGAAGGAGGAGAGUGUUGGGUGACAGCGCUGGAGUCUCCGUCUGAGCUGCAACCCGACUAUGCCACAUGUAAUGACGACCACACGGAUGGUAAGAGUAACCAUGGUAAUGGCCGCACGAAUGGAAAUGGCGAUGAAGCUGGUAGUUCUGUUGCUGUGGAAACGUCCAGGCCGAGCAAGAGGCAUAAGUUGUGAGGUACCCUCCGGCCCUCUCCUGGAGGAGUGAUGAGUAUCUAAAAUGAUGCCCGGUGAUUGGCUGAGUGGAGGGUGAAAGAGGGUGUGUUGGUGUUGGUGGUGAUUGGAGGGGAUAAUAAGAGAGACUCCUGAUGACAUCAUACCAAACAAGCACUGGGUGUUGGGUUUACCGUAUAGAGGUGGUGGGCCAGAAUCAUUUAAGUCAAUUUGGACACACACACACACACACACACACACACACACACACA